GGCGCAAGGAAUCAUGUUCAAAAACUGAAAAAAGAGAGGAGCAAGGAAUCAUGUUCAAAAAAUAGAGGAGCAAGGAAUAACUUCAACUCUCCAUUGCCGUGAGUAUGUGGUGGUUCUAGCAUUGCCUUGGAAGCAUUCUUGUGCCUCAUCACUAUAAAGAUGUUUGGGGAAGAAUAACUAUAACACCACAAGCCCAAACCCUAGUUUGUUUUCCUUCCAGAUUGUACCGUUCUUGUUUCAUAUUUCUUCCCUUCUUUCCACUACAAGUCAGAUCAAUUUCUGAUGGCUGAAGCACUCAUUUCCGUUCUCCUAGAACAAUUGGCUUCAAUCACCAUUCAACUGGUACAACAGCAAGUGAAAUUGGUAGUUGAUGUAAAGAAAGAAGUUGCAAAUCUCACCCACUAUUUCCAAGCUAUAGAAGCCGUGCUCAAAGAUGCAGAGGAGAGGCAAGUGAAGGAGGCUUCCGUUAAAUUGUGGCUAGAUGACUUAAAGGACGUGUCCAACGAGAUGGAGGACGUGCUGGAUGAUUGGAACACUGAAAUUCUGAGGCUACAAAUUGAGAAACAAGAGAAAGAAGCUGGAAAUGCUCUUGAUAAGACUAAGAAGAAGGUAUGUCUAUGCAUUCCUACUGCUUUCUUUAAAUCUGGCCAAGUUAGUCGAGUUAUUUUUCGACACGACAUUGCUAAAAUGAUUAAAGAACUCAAUGAUAGAUUAGCAACAAUUGCUAAUAUGAGACAAAAUUUUCAAUUUCAGUACACAAAAAGUGGUACUGAACAUAUUGAGCGACAAAAGACUACUUCUUUUGUCGAUCAAACAUUUGGUCGGGUAGAUGAAAAAGAAUUAUUGGUGGGUAAGUUGUUGAGUAAGAGUAAUCCUGAAGGGCAGAGCCCCAUUGUCAUCCCUAUUGUAGGGAUGGGUGGAAUCGGUAAAACAACUCUUUCUCAACUGGCAUAUAAUGAUAAAAGAGUCCAGGAAAAUUUCAAAGAUAGAAUAUGGGUUUGUGUCUCAGACCCAUUUGAUGAGCUCAACAUAGCCAAAACCAUCCUUGCACGCCUCGGUGGAAAUGUCAAUUCCAUUUCGAGUGACCUAGACGCUUUCUUCGAAUGUCUGCAGAAGUCUAUUGAGGGGAAAAAGUUUCUCCUCGUCUUAGAUGAUGUGUGGAACCAAGACUAUAUGAAGUGGGCAAACUUGAAGCUACAUUUACAGAAAGGUGCUGUAGGUAGUAAAAUAAUUGUCACUACACGAAAAGAAGAAGUAGCUAGGAUGAUGGGAGCACCUGAUAACACUAUCAAUUUGAAGGUGUUGAGUGAUGAAAAUUGUUGGUCAUUGUUCGCUGGAAUUGCCUUUGCCAAUAGUAACCAAGAUGAGUGUCGAAAUUUAGAACCUAUUGGUAGGGAAAUUGUAAAGAAGUGCAAAGGUUUGCCUCUUCUUGCAAAGGUUUUAGGGGGUCUAAUGCGCUCCAAGAAAACCAAGAAAGAAUGGCAAGAUGUUUUGAGUAGUAAGAUAUGGGAGUUAGACAUAGUGGAGAAACAAGUUUUCCAACCACUAUUACUAAGUUAUUAUGAUUUAACUCCAAUGAUCAAGCGUUGUCUCUUAUAUUGUGUUACUUUCCCAAAGGACCAUAUAAUUGACAAAGAAGUUUUGAUUGAGUUGUGGAUGUCACAAGGUCUUGUUGGUUCAGUUGGGAACAAAGAAAAAACAAUGAUAGACAUUGGAGAAUCAUAUUUCGAUAAUUUGGCAAUGCGAUCUUUCUUUCAGAAUUUUGAGGAAGAUGAAUUUGGAGAUAUUAAUCGGUGCCAAAUGCAUGAUAUUGUGCACGACUUUCUCCAAUAUUUAACCAAGAAUGAAUGUUUAAUCGUAGAGUUCAAAGGUGGGGAGGAGAGAGUAGAAUUGCCCAAUAAGCUUGGUCAUUUGACCAUAAUGUUUGCACCCGAAGGACCUUUUCCCCUUUCUUUUGACCAUUGUCAACGUCUGCGGACCAUUACAACAUUUAAUUGUAAAAUUACAAGUCUCAGCCGAGAGUUGAUUUUACAAUUAAAAUGCGUGAGGACGUUGAAUUUGAGUCGCAACGAUAUCGAAGAAGUUCCGGACGAGGUUGGCGGGUUGGUGCGCUUGAGGUAUUUGGAUUUAUCCUAUAAUGAGAAGCUGAAGAAAUUACCUGAUAGUUUGUGUAAUUUAGUCAAUUUGCAAACCUUGCGACUUGAUGAGUGCCCUGGUCUUGAAAAGUUACCCGAGGCCAUGGGAAAGUUGACCAGCUUGCAGCAUCUUCAUGCUAAACGUUCUACAGAUCUGAAGUUGCCCAAAUCAAUUGCGAGGUUGAAAAGUCUACGGACGCUAGAUCCGUGGGUUUUAAUUGAAGGUGAAGGAGGAUUGAGGUUAAGUGAUUUGAGAGACAUGGACGAGCUUCAGGGGACGCUUUUGAUCGGAUUGGUGGGCAAAUUGAAAGAUAGUGCUGCGAGUGAUGCGGAGGAAGCCAAAUUGGUGAACAAGAAACACCUCCUUCAUUUGACACUAGGGUUCGCCUGCGAGAGCGAGAGUGCCAUCCAGGAAGCAGUAUUGAAUGCCUUACUGCCAAAUUCAAAUCUUGUAUCCUUGAAGAUCUUAGGUUACGGUGGCAGCACCCUGUCCUACCCCAAUUGGACCUCUUUAAUUAACUUGAAAAGCCUGACAUUCUCUUAUGGCAAUGUUUGUAAGUAUGUGCCUCUUUCGGUUUUGGGCUACUUGGGGUCCCUUGAGACACUCAGAUUUAAAGAUAUGAGGAAAGUGAAAAAGGUUGGAUUUGAGUACUCACUUGAUCAUCAAGUUAUAUUGUUCCCCAAUCUGAAACAACUCCAGUUCGAGGGAAUGUGGGAGUGGGAAGAAUGGGAUCAUCAUGAUGAGAAUGAUGCUACUUCAUCGUCACCAACUUGUUUCAUGCCACGCCUUUCUACUUUAUCCAUCUGGAAUUGCCAUAAGCUGAAGACACUGCCAGACUUCCUUCGGAGGAGGAAGACGCCGCUGCUUCAGAAUUUGAUCAUCGGCUACAGUUGUGACAUUCUCUCCCAAAGUUGCAAAGACAGGCAAGGCCCGGAGUGGUCCAAGAUUUCUCACAUCCCAAACAUCCAAAUUGAUGAAGAAACUGUACAAGAAGAUGGAGUUUGGAUCGAACAAGAGGAUUGAUCAACAACGUCAUCCAUCCAAUUCCUUGAUGAAGUUUACAACUCAAUAUGUGGAUCUGAAGACGCUUACUGACUCGUCUGACAUGUCUCAUCUUUGCUGCACUUGACUCGUAGUCUCUGCCUCUCUAGCUACUUUCAAAUUAAUGCAAGUAUUUAUUUCUUUUCCAUCUUCUCAUUACCACUCAAUAGAUUGAUAUGAUCUUUAAUUCAUGCUCUCACUCAAUCUAUAUCUCUUUAGUAUCAGUUUCUACUCUUUACUAAUUAGGAAGGCGCCUUUAAAAUUUAGCCUCAGAACUCAUUGUGCAUUGGGUAAGGCCAACGAUCAAACAAAUUGCAUAAAUUCAAGAUGUAACCAAUAAACUGUAUAUCAAGGCCAGGGCUAAACUUGAUAGCUGACUGAAGAUUUUUGCUGCAUUGAAACAGUGGAACAGCAGAAAUGAUCCAAAAGUCUCAUUUGAUUUCAUGUUCAAGAUUUUCAUGUCAUGCUCACCUCUGCACAUUGAAGACUCUGUUUAAUGUCUGGGGGAAUUUCAUUUUAUCACCCCCCAGGAUAUCAUCAUUCCUCUUCUUUCUUAAGCCCCAGCUCCUGAAAAGCAGCUCAAGAUCUCCAUGGAAUAUUGGAAAGGUGGAAGCCUGGAAUCUCAUCAGAUGUGACCUCUUUGCAGUAGGCCAAAUUGAAGUCUCUUUCUUGUUACUGAGUUCAUAAUGUUGAGGGUGUGAGGAUUUGACAUAACUUCGACUCAUUUCAUUGAUCACUUCUAUUGUUCAUAAUACUCCAGCUUUUGAAGAGGGGAAUUGUGAAAGCAUAAUGAAUUUCUAUUUUGGCAUACAUAUUAGAGACGACUCAGAAGACGAGAUGAUCCUCAAAGAAAUACUGAAUGCCUACUAUCAUAUCCAAAUCUGGAAAAUAUUGGAAACUACAAUGCCACCAAAUUGAUGCCCCAUUGUCUCUGAAUAAUUUGAAAAGGCUUGAGUUCUCACGUUGGGGUAUAUAUGAAGUCAUGCCUCUUUUGGCUUUGGGGAACAUGGCGGUGUCCUUUGACUCUGAUGCAAUAUUUGAAGAUGUCUGUUGUGAAACAGGAGUGGGAAGGAAUUGCAGCUGGUCCUGGUGGAGUGGAGAGGUUGAUUUUCAUAUUAAAACACCUCUGCAAAUUUGAGGAUUAUAGCUUGCCUAAUUCUUAGGCAAAGUUGCCGAAAAAGAGGAAACGAGGAGUGGCUCAACAUUUCUCACAUCCUAAACAUCCAAAUUGAUAAUGAGUUUGUACAAACAGACGGAGUUUGGAUCCUACAAGAAGCUGGUGAAACCCUGCCCUUAAUUAAUUACUUCAUCAUCAACGCAUGCAUCUCGAUCUUCUUCGUGGUUUUUUUGUGUCCAAAAAAUUGUGGAGGAGAUGGACGGCAGUCAUUAUGACUACUUUUGGAACUGCUACAAUUCUUAUGGAAGACACUAGUGAAGAAUUUGUUCAUCUUGGGAGGACCAGAUCUCCAGAAGGUGCAAGAGCAGAGGCAUGGAAUCACAGAAAGGCCCAAGAUUUCUCACAUUCUGAACAUCCAGUGUUCUCUAACUAGCUGAACAGGUAUGUUGCAAAUGGUUGACAAAUUACCCAAGGCCAUGGGAAAGCUGCUUAACUUACAGUAUCACAAAUAAUGAUAAGCUGGAAAUUCAAAAGAGUUGUGAGAGACAAGGGUAAUCCUGAGAAAGCAAGAUUGGUAAAUGAGAAGAAACUUGAUUUGGGACCAAGUUUGUGGUACUCGACAAGAGAAGAUCAACAAAUACCGACCCCCUUACACUCAAAUCCAAACAUCAGUAACUACAGUGGCACCACACUGUGCUCCAAAUGACUGAUGUCUUCAAAUAAUUUCAGAAGGCUUAGGUUCGACGAAUGCAGUUUAUGUGAAUUUGUGCCUCUUUUGGGGAACUGGUGUCCCUUGAAUAACUACAGUUAUGUUUUGACAUGACAACUGAAAAAGUACUCUUGAAGGAAUAAUGAUUAAUGGUGAAGAGCAAGCAAGGUUUUUCAAGGGGUGUGCAUUCGGAGAUGUGAAUAGACAGACCCAAAUCAUCAACUGUUAGUUGCCUUGUCGAAGAGGAAGGUCAGGGAGCCCAACAAGGAGGAACAUUUUACUCUUGGACCUCUUGUAAGAGAUGGAGAGAACUUUUUGGUGUCAAUGCUCAUAUUUAUGCCAUGCAUGCUUGCAGCACAGGCGCUAAUCAUGAUUAAUAAUGAUGAAUAAAGGCGCUCGUUAACUUAACUUCGGCACUCUAGUGAAUUAUGUUAUCAACUUCGCAUCAUUCCAAUCAGUUUCAAUAUGUUCAACAAUGCAACAACAGUGGGAGUCUAUAUUUUCUAAUAAUGUACUUUGUUGUAGUAUAUAUGAUUCACAUGUACUAACAUGAGUCAUAGUAUAAAUGUCUAUAUCAUGUAUACAAUAGGUACUUGAGUGUAUAAUGUAGGUAUUGUGACUUGUGUGACAAGCUUUAUGCCAAAGGGCAACAAGCAUGGCAAUUAUCAUCAUCACAGCCACCAUGUGGAGCUGCAGCUGUAAAUGUAGUUGUUAUCAAAUUGAGUUACUCUUUGAGCUUUCACACUUGCAAUGUAUUCCUAUAAAUACCUCUUUGUAUGAGAUGAAUAAACACACUUGAAUCUCUAUUCUCUCUGAAA